UACCAAACACAUUCUCUCUCCGUCCACAGCCGAAACAAAACACACACUCACCAUCCGGUGCGUGUAUAUGGAGGAAAGGAGUGAAAGAGGGUAACAAAUCCGCGUGGUCAAUAAGCCAUAUGCAUUUUCUUCUACAUCACCUUCCUACGAACCCUAAUUCCCACAAUUUCCCACGCUAUUAGAAAACAUUAUUACACGCAUUUGAUUUUUCCUCAGAUCUGAAAAACAAAAUUCAACACCAAACUCCAUUACAAAGAUUUUAUAUUUUUGUUUUCUUGUUCGCAUUGCAUAAUUCUGUACCAUUUCUUGAGUUUCACGUAGUUUUCAUUCGUAAUUCAGCUAAUCUAAUCGUCAAUUUUGUUGUUGCCGUAUUAAUUGAUCAUCGCACGAAUCCUCCUCUGUGGCUUUUUAGUUAUUUAAUUCGGUAAUCCCGUGUUAGAUCCGGACAUGAGCUGCGAAUCUCUGUUGUUUCAUUAGAAUCGAUUUUGUAAUAGUUCGUAUAAGUCUAUAUCAGUAUUAGCAUUUAUGGCAAUGCCAUCGGGGCACAUGGUAAUUUCGGAUAAAAUGCAGUUUCCUAAUGGCGGUGGGGUUGGGACCGCCGGUGGAGAGAUGGCCGGCGGUACGGUUGGGUGGUAUCCGGAUGAAAGAGACGAGUUCAUAUCGUGGUUGAGAGGGGAAUUUGCAGCUGCAAAUGCCAUUAUUGAUUCGUUAUGUCAUCAUUUGAAGAGCGUUAGUGAACCAGGUGAGUAUGAUGGGGUUAUAGGAUCUAUACAACAGAGAAGGUGUAAUUGGAACCCUGUGCUUCAUAUGCAGCAAUACUUUUCUGUGGCGGAGGUCAUUUAUUCCUUGCAACAGGCCACCUGGCGACGACAACAACAACAACAACAACAGCAUCGUGGUGGUUUUUAUGAUCCAGUGAAGAUUAAGAGAUCUAAUGGUGUUGGAUUCAGACAGGGCCAUAGGAUAGAAAUUCCUGUGAAAGAAGGCCAUACUUCUACUGCAGAUUUCAAAAGUCCUCGUGGUAAUGCAAAUGGCUCUGCCAAUUUGGUGACUAAUGAAGUUUCUGUAUCUCAUGAAAAGGAUGUCACACUUGCACAGUAUAACGAUGGUUCAAACACAAAACCUGAUGUGGACAACAAUGAAAGCAAUCUAAACUUGAAAACAGUUUUGUCAAACAAUUCAGAAUGUGAGUCAAAGGAGGUGGAUAAUAAGGGCAAUCUAAAUUCAAAAGAAGGAUAUUCUAAUGCACAUCUGGAGCAUGAAUCAUCUUCUACACAAAUCUCAAAUGAAAAGCCAAAUAUUUUACCCACAGCUAAAACAUUUGUUGGCAAUGAAACUCUGGAUGGAAAAACAGUUAAUGUUGUUGAUGGGUUAAGAAUGUAUGACAAGUUAUUUGAUGACACUGAAAUUGAAAACAUGGUCAACUUGGUAAAUAAUUUCAGAACUGCAGGAAGACAAGGACAAUUUCAAGGAGGACAUACAUAUGUUGUCUCAAAAAGACCCAUGAAAGGUCAUGGAAGAGAGAUGAUUCAGUUAGGCUUCCCCAUUGCUGAUGACCUCAUCAAUGGAUCCUCCAAAGAUCGAAAAAUAGAACCAAUACCGAAUUUAUUUCAAGAUGUCAUCGAUCGCCUAAUCACCAUGCAAAUUCUCACAGCGAAGCCAGACUCAUGCGUUAUUGAUAUUUAUAACGAGGGUGACCAUUCACAACCUCAUAUAUGGCCACAUUGGGUUGGAAGGCCUGUGUGUGUUUUGUUGUUGACUGAAUGUGAGUUGACUUUUGGUAAAGUGAUUAGCGUUGACCACCCUGGAGAUUACAGAGGCUGUUUGAAUCUUUCUCUUUCACCUGGAUCGAUGAUAGUUAUGGAAGGAAGAUCCUCGGACAUUGCUAAACAUGCGAUUCCUUCCAUCCGGAAACAACGCGUGCUUGUUACGUUGACCAGGUCAAAGAGAGUCACACAUGGACCACGUGUCGGUGUGGGUCCGAAGCACUACGUCCCUGCCCCAACAGCAGCACCACCACCUGGAAAUGUUUUUGCUCCGGCCAUGGCUUUUCCGGCGGCUUCUGGAGUUGGAGGGUGGACGGGGGCUCCUGUGACUCUGAGGCAGCAUGCGCCACCUGGCACUGGAGUUUUUCUUCCUCCGGGAUCUGGGAACUCCACAGAGGAACAGCAGUUUGAAGAAAAAGAAGGGAAAAAGCAUGAAGAUGAGAAUGGUGGUGACGACCACCACAAGAAACAGAACGGCGGCGGCGAUUGAAAGGCGGUGGGGAAAGUUUUGAGAGGGGACCACAAACACAAAAACUGCAGUGAGGUUUGAUGCAGAUUGCAAAAGGCGGCGGAACAAGAGAGUUGAAACGUGACUUUAUUAUGAAAAUUAAAGAAGGAAAAAGAAAGGGGGGAACUUGAAAAAAGUUGGCUUCUAUUAUUCUAUUACAGAAAUCUCGUUUUUGUUGUCUUAAUUAGUUAUUAAUUAGUAUAUCAACUCUUCCUCCCUUUUGUUCUUUAUAAUCAAUUUUAACAUAUUCUUAAUUUACAUUCUCUUAAUUGUUAUAGAAA